AUGAUACCACCUCGAUUCUUAUCACGGGUCAUACUAUAUAAGGUCAAGCUUCUUUUACCUACAGCAACCUCGUACAAGAUGGCCAGCGUAGAAAAAGAGAAUGCGCUCACCGGAAUCAUCAGUGCAGGUAGUAGAUUAGAAGCAGACGACCAUGAAGUCAACUUACAUGUUCUUCAAUCUAAUGACAUCGCCCUUGGCGAUGUUGGUGCCUCAUUCACUGAGGAACAAAAAUUCUUUAUCUUGAGAAGAAUGAACAUGGAUGGUUUGUUGAGUUUGGAUCAUCUUCCUCCCUCAGCCACUUUCAUGGUCGAGAAGAUGGAGUCUUUGACGGAAGAAGAAUCUGUUGAGAUCUUGAAGGAGUACCUUACCAGCUUUGCCGACGACUGUAAUGUCUCCACCGCCGACUACAACCUCAAUCAACGUUUAGUUGCGUUGGCUCCAGCUCACCUUGGUGCUGGAAAAGGAAUCAAGGAGAAGUUGCAGAACCAAAUUGACGGAAAAUCGGACGCGGUCGACACCCAGGUGGAGGUUGGAUCUGCUGAUACUGAUGACCCCGAUUUGACCGCCGACAUCCAACAUGAAUACCACAAGGUUGUCGAUUGGCCAUUGCAAGUCAAGGUUGAAGCUGGCUUGAUUGCUUACCACUCUCCUUACCCAUCAGUAAGAAGUGUCACUGAACCUUACGAUGACCCUACUGUUCCUUGUGAGACUUUCAGAGUUUAUGUCGUCGGAAUUAUUUGGACCGCUAUUGGAUCUGUGAUUAACCAGUUUUUCUCAGAAAGACAACCAGCAAUUCUUUUCCAGCCGCUGGUAGCUCAGGUCUUCAUUUACCCAACUGGCGUACUUCUUUCUUAUAUUCUUCCAAAGAAGAGUUUCAAGAUUUGGAGAUACAACAUUAAUUUGAACCCUGGUACUUGGACAUACAAGGAGCAAAUGCUUGCAACCCUUUGUUACUCGAUUUCUGGUACCACUCCGUACGUCUCCUGGAAUAUUCUUGUUCAAAAAUCUGAAGUGUUCUACGACAACAAAUGGGUUGAUUUUGGUUAUCAAGUUCUUUUGAUGUUGUCAAGUCAGUUCCUUGGUUUUGGUUUGGCUGGAAUUAUGAGACGUUUCGUUGUUUACCCUGUCCAAUCGAUUUGGCCUACUGUUUUGCCCACCAUUGCGUUGAACAAGGCGUUGACCCUCCCAGAGCAAAAGGAAAACAUUCACGGAUGGACCAUUUCGAGGUACUAUUUCUUUUUUGCAACCUUCUUCGGUUCUUUCCUUUACUUCUGGAUUCCAAACUACCUCAUGCAAUUUCUUUCGACAUUCAACUGGAUGACAUGGAUUAAACCUUCGAAUCUUACCCUUGCUAACAUUACUGGGUCAGUGUCUGGCUUAGGUUUGAAUCCAAUCUCCACCUUUGACUGGACUGUUUUGAAUUACAAUUUACCAUUGACCAUCCCAUUCUAUUCCACCAUGAACCAAGCAAUCGGCUGGACCAUUGCAUUCUUCUGUAUUAUUGGGGUUUAUUACUCGAACAAUUUGUGGUCCCAAUACAUUCCCAUCAACACUAACGGAUUGUACACCAACACGGGCCAGCCUUAUGCCGUUACUGCAGUAUUGAACGAGAAAGGUCUCUUUGAUGAAAAGAAAUAUCAAGAAGUUGGUCCUCCAUUUUACUCGGCUGCAAAUCUCGUUGUUUAUGGCGCAUUCUUUGCCAUUUACCCUUUUGCUUUCGUUUACGAAUUCGUGGUUAACUGGAGAAUCAACUUCUUCGCUUUUAAGAGUAUCUGGCAAACCAUGAGAAACUUCCGUCGUUCUAACUAUGAGGGGUUUAACGACCCAUAUAGCAGACUGAUGGCAAAGUACAAAGAGGUACCAGACUGGGUCUUUUUCGCGGUUUUAAUUAUCUCCAUCGUUUUGUCCAUUUUGUGUGUGAAGCUUUAUCCUGCGGAGACUCCAGUGUGGGGUAUUUUCUUUGCUAUUGGUAUCAAUUUCGUCUUCUUGAUUCCUUUGGCCUCAAUCUACUCGAGAACCGGUUUUUCGUUUGGUUUGAACGUGUUAGUCGAACUUAUCGUCGGUUAUGCAUUGCCAGGUAAUGGUCUUGCCUUGAUGUUCAUCAAAGCCAUUGGUUACAAUAUCGAUGGACAAGCGGAGAACUAUAUCUCCAACCAAAAAAUGGCCCAUUACGUCCGUAUUCCACCAUGGUCAAUCUUCAGAGUGCAAAUGUUGUCUGUCUUCAUUAACUGUUUCAUUACCUUGGGUAUUAUCAGCUUCCAGCUUACCGGUAUCACCGACUAUUGCGAUCCAUUGAACAAACAGAAGUUCACUUGCGCGCAGGCCAGAACGUUCUAUUCUGCAUCAGUGUUGUGGGGUGUUAUUGGGCCCAAGAGAGUAUUCAAUGGUUUGUAUCCAAUCUUGCAGUACUGCUUCUUGAUUGGAUUCUUGUUGACAAUUCCAGCUGUCCUUUUCAAGUGGUACGGACCAAAGAAACUUACCAAGUAUUUCCAACCAACUGUCAUAAUCGGUGGUAUGUUGCUUUACGCUCCAUACAAUCUUACUUAUGUGCUUGGCGGAUUGUACUUGGCAAUUGCUUCUAUGUGGUACUUGCAAUCAAGAAAGCCCGCAUGGUGGCAGAAAUACAACUAUCUUUUCUCGGCCGGUAUGACUGCAGGAGUAGCUUUUAGUGGAAUCAUUAUUUUCUUCGCAGUUCAGUACCACGAUAAGAGUAUCAACUGGUGGGGUAACACUGUUAUGUACGCUGGAAUGGAUGGCCUGAGUGUUGCUGAUUUAAACGCUACCAUCUCCGCUCCAGAUGGUUACUUUGGACCUCGUAAGGGACACUACCCUUAG